UCAAUAAAAUGGAUAACCUACCGAGCAAUCGAUUGCGAAAAAUUGCGGCUGCUUUUGCAUUUUUUAUGAUUUUCGGAAUAUUACACACCUGGGUAAUAUUUCCGCCGAUACUUAGAGCUAUACUGAAGAGUCAAGUCGUUCUGAAGAAUGGUACGCAAAUGCGUGAUAUGUACAAUGCUCUACCCUUCCCAUUGAUAUUCAAAAUACACCUUUUCAAUGUCCUCAAUCCGGACGAAGUUAUGAAAGGUGCCAAACCCAAGCUACAAGAAAUUGGACCCUACGUUUUCGAAGAAUGGAAAAUCAAAGUUGAUCAAGUGGAAGAUCUUGUAGAUGACACAAUUGAAUUCACUGCAAUAAAUUAUUUCAUUUAUAAUCAAACGUUAUCAAAUGGACUCACUGGAGACGAAGUGGUAACUGUUAUCAAUCCAUUAUUGACGUCACUAGGACUUGCAAUCAAUAAGGAUCGCGCACCACUCUUACCCAUGGUUGCAAGAGCGAUCAAUGAAAUCUUUCAUGAGCCGAAGACAGUUUUUUGGACUGGCAAAGCGAUGGACUUGUUAUUUGACGGCUUCGAUGUAGAUUGCACAUCAGAAGACUUUAAUUCGAAAACUAUUUGCUCCGUAUUCGAGAGUGGUGAAAUUAAGACGAUAUUUCCGAAAGACGGCCACGAAGACAUGUUUCGAUUUUCACUGCUGAAGACGGCAAAUGGAACCGAAGCUGGUCGUUUUAAAACAUUCCGAGGUGUGAAAAAUCUUCAAAAUUUGGGCAAGGUCAUCGAGUUUAAUGGAGAAACCGAGCUGGACGUAUGGGAUGGUGACGAGUGCAACGAAAUACGCGGAACGGAAAUGUCCAUCUUUCCUCCAUUUGGGUCGAAGGAAGACGGACUCUGGGCCUUCGAACCGAAUGUGUGUCGUUCGAUGAAAAUCAAAUACGAAAGACCAUCGAAAUAUCGCGGAGUUCCAACGCUUCGGUAUCAUGGCGAUUUGGAAGACAUUUCAGCAGACGAAUCACUGCACUGUUUUUGCAGUAACGAUAAAUGUCCGCUAAAAGGAACCAUGGAUCUUUUUCCUUGCACCUCCGGACCAAUAGUAGCAUCAAUGCCACAUUUCUACAAUGGAGAUCCAGUAUUGCUUGAGAAAGUAGAGUCCGGAUUAGAGCCUAAUAAGGACAAGCAUGCCAUUUUCCUAGACUUCGAAAUAAUUUCAGGGACGCCAAUGUCUGCCGCCAAAAGGAUACAAUUCAACAUCGACUUGGUGCCGCUACAGGAAAUCGAAGUAAUGAAAGAGCUACCGGAAAUGUUAUUUCCGUUGCUGUGGUUGGAAGAAGGUGCCGACCUUAACAAGACAUUCGUUAACAUGCUGAAGUAUCAACUCUUCCUAGGUUUGAAAUUUCAAGCGGCUGUUAAAUGGUUAUCACUAAUCAUCGGACCGAUCGGUGCAUUAGCUGCAAUAUUUCUUGAUUACCAGAAGCGAAAUUCUGAUUCGGUCAAGGACGUCGUACAAGUAUCGCCAGCGAAAGUUACAUCAAACGGCAAUAAUACGUUGAGCGUACCAGACAUUGAAGAUAUGGCCGAAAAGGAACGCUACAUGGAUAACCCACCGAGCAAUCGGUUACGAAAAAUUGCGGCUGCUUUUGUAUUUUUUACGGUAUUCGGUAUAUUACACACUUGGGUGAUAUUUCCGCCGAUAUUGAAAGCUAUACUGAAGAGUCAAGUCGUUCUGAAGAAUGGUACGCAAAUGCGUGAUAUGUACAAUGUUUUACCGUUCCCGUUGAUAUACAAAGUAUAUCUUUUCAACGUCCUCAAUCCGGACGAAGUUAUGAAAGGUGCAAAGCCUAAGCUACAAGAAAUGGGACCUUACGUUUUCGAAGAAUGGAAAAUCAAAGUGGAUCAAGUGGAAGAUCUUGUAGAUGACACAAUUGAAUUCACUGCAAUAAAUCAUUACAUUUAUAAUCAAACGUUAUCAAAUGGACUGACUGGAGACGAAGAGAUAACGGUUAUCAAUCCAUUAUUGACGGCAUUAGGACUUGCAAUAAAUAGGGAUCGUCCUCCACUGUUGCCCACAAUUGCAAUAGCAAUCAACUAUAUUUUUCACGAGCCGAAGACAGCUUUCUGGACUGGUAAAGUGAUGGACUUGUUAUUUAACGGCUUCGAUGUAGAUUGCACAUCAGAAGACUUUAAUUCGAAAACAGUUUGUUCUGCUUUUGAUACUGGUGACAUCAAGACUGUCGCGCCCAAAGAUGACGUCGAAGAUAUGUACAAAUUUGCUCUAUUUAUGACGGCAAAUGGAACCGAUGCUGGCCGAUACAAGACGUACCGAGGUGUGAAAAACAUUUUCAAUUUGGGCAAGGUCAUUGAGUUCAACGGAGAACCUGAGCUGGACAUAUGGGACGGUGAUGAGUGCAACGAAAUUAGAGGAACGGAGUCGUCCAUAUUCCCACCAUUCGGAGCUAAAGAAGACGGAGUUUGGGCCUUCGAAGCUGGCAUAUGUCGGUCGAUAAAACUAAGAUACGAUAGACCAUCGAAAUAUCGCGGAAUUCCAACCCUUCGAUUCCAUGGCGAUUUGGAAGACAUUGCAGCAGAUGAAUCGAUGCACUGUUACUGUAGCAAUGAUAAAUGCCCGUUGAAAGGGACCAUAGAUCUAUUUCCUUGCACAGAAGGACCAAUCGUUGCAUCGAUGCCACAUUUUUUCAACGGUGAUCCAGUCUUGUUGGAGAAAAUAGACUCUGGACUGGUUCCUGAUAAGGAUAAACAUGCCAUUUUCCUAGAUCUUGAAAUAAUCUCAGGCACCCCAAUGUCCGCUGCAAAAAGACUACAAGUGAACAUCGAUGUGGUGCCGCUACCGGAAAUUGAUGUUAUGAAAGAACUACCUGAAAUGUUAUUUCCGCUUAUGUGGGUCGAGGAAGGUGCUGACCUGAACAAGACGUUCGUUAAUAUGCUAAAAUAUCAACUCUUCCUCGGUUUGAAAUUUCAGGCGACUGUAAAAUGGAUAUCGUUAAUCGUAGGUCCAAUCGGUGCAGUAGCUGUGUUAUUCUUAGACUAUCAGAAACGAAAUGCUGAGAAGAUCACCGCUGUCCUGAAAGUAUCACCGAUUAAAGCCUUAUCUGACGGCAACAAUGCUCAUUCGAAAGCAUUCGGCUCAGCAACAACCCAAGAAUUGAGCGUGGAACAAGAACGAUAUUAAAAGGCCAACUAAUAAUAAUAAUAAAA